AUGGCGUGCAACAAUCGCUCCAACAGCAACCCCUCCGUUUUCAUCCUCGUGGGCAUUCCUGGCCUGGAAGCUGCUUACUUUUGGAUGGCCUUCCCCUUCUGCUCCAUGUACUUAGUAGCCUUGCUGGGCAACUUGACCAUCCUCUUUGUGGUCAAGAAGGAGCCCAGCCUCCACUUGCCUAUGUACUACUUCCUGUGCAUGUUGGCCGCCCUCGACUUGGUGCUGUGCUCCUCCACGGUGCCCAAGAUCCUGGCCAUCUUCUGGUUCCGGUCCCACUCCAUUGGCUUCAAGGCCUGUGUCAUCCAGAUGUUCUUCAUCCAUGGUUUCUCAGCUGUGGAGUCAGGGGUGCUGCUCGCGAUGGCCUUUGACCGCUACGUGGCCAUCUGCGCCCCUCUACGCUACACCACCAUCCUCACCAGCUCUGUCAUUGCCAAGAUUGGGUGUGCAGCCGUCGUGAGGGGCAUUGGCUUAAUGACCCCUUUGACUUGCAUGGUGAGCCAUCUACCAUACUAUGGGCCCAAUGUCAUCAGCCAUUCCUACUGCGAGCACAUGGCCGUGGUCAAGUUGGCUUGUGGAGAUAUCACACCCAACCACAUCUAUGGGAUCACGGCAGCCACCUUCGUGGUGGGCUCAGACACCAUCUUCAUUGCUGUCUCCUAUGUGCUCAUUCUCAGGGCAGUCAUGGGGCUCUCCUCUAAGGAGGCCCGACAGAAAUCCUUCGGCACUUGCGGCUCCCACAUCUGUGUCAUCCUGAUUUUCUACACUCCUGCCCUUUUCUCCUUUUACACACAACGCUGGGGGCACCACAUCCCUGCCCACAUCCACAUCUUGUUGGCUGACCUCUAUGUUCUAGUGCCCCCCAUGCUCAACCCUAUCAUCUAUGGCAUGAAAACAAAGCAGAUACGGGAGCAAGUACUGAAGCCAUUCUACCCGAAAGGAGUCAAGGUUGAGACAUGA